AAGCAACCCCCACGCUUUCCUUUCAAAUUUCAAAUGCAUCCAUCCUUCUUCUGGGGAAAAACCCGAAAAUCGGCAUCUUUCUUCCCCCGCUUCCACUGGACUGGACUGGGGCCCAUCCGCCGCCUACGGCUUUCUCUCCCAAUGUUCCCACUGCUCCCACUGCACCCACCGACUCGCUCUCCGCAAUUCUCGGAUCCGCAGCCACUACCACGCUCAUAUCCGCACCUUGACGAGUGUCCGCUCGCUUAAUUGCCUUUGAUAUUUGCCGAGCGUGGAGGUGACGACGAUGGUGGUCGCGGUGGUGAUGGUGAUGGCAGUGGAGGCGUCGGGAUACCAAGGUGGAUCGGGAUCGGUCCCGUGGUCACCACUGUCAGUCAAUCAAUCAGUCGGUCUGAUUCGAUCCCAUUGUUUCUCGUCAGCUUUCUUCCCAAGGGGAAUAGAAAUUUUGCCUCCGGUGACACCCGCGUCAGGUCCUUUUUUUCUCAUUGAUGGACGGACGGACGGUCCAGCCCGCCGGCGCAAGAUACAACCAUGGGCUGAUGGUCGCAUUGGGUUGGAAGCCGAGUUUCUCUCCCGAGUUUUGUUUCGGCCUGGUUGGGUGCGCGGGGUAGAUAAGGGGAGAUGGAAGGGGAUGUGGUGUGUUUAUGUUGGUUAGUUGAUUUGUUGAAGAUGUAGAAUAUGUACCUAGUUUCUGGAAGCACUGCGUAUGAAUUGGUUUAUUCACA